GGGCCGCAACCGCUUCUUCUGCGGCGGCCGCCUCAUGCUGGCGCGGCACAGCGGCGUCUUCGCCCUCACGCUCGGCCUCAUCCUCGCCACCAGCGGCCUCUUCUUCGCCUUCGACUGCCCCUUCCUUGCCAGUCACCUGACCCUGGCCAUCCCCAUCAUCGCCGCCGUCCUCUUCUUCUUUGUCAUCAGCUGCCUGCUCCAGACAAGCUUCAGAGACCCAGGAAUCCUGCCCAGAGCCACCCCCAGUGAGGCUGCAGAUCUGGAGAAGCGAAUUGACAGCAUGGGCAGCUCCACGUACCGUCCCCCAGCCCGCACCAUGGAGGUGGUGAUCAACAAGUACGUGGUGAAGCUCAAGUACUGCUACACCUGCAAGAUGUUCCGGCCACCUCGCACCUCCCACUGCAGCGUCUGCGACAACUGCGUGGAGAGAUUCGACCACCACUGCCCCUGGGUGGGCAACUGCGUGGGCAAGCGCAACUACCGCUACUUCUACGCCUUCAUCCUGUCCCUGUCCUUCCUCACCGCCUUCAUCUUCGCCUGCGUUGUCACCCACCUCACCCUGCGCUCUCAGAGGGAUGGGUUCCUGGCCACUCUGAAGACAACCCCUGCGAGUGUGCUGGAGCUGGUGAUUUGUUUUUUCUCAGUCUGGUCUAUUUUGGGCCUCUCAGGUUUUCACACUUACUUAGUCGCCUCCAACCUGACGACCAACGAAGAUAUCAAAGGGUCCUGGUCAAGCAAGAGGGGCUCGGAGUUUGCCAAUCCCUACAGCCAUAAAAGCAUCCUCACGAACUGCUGUGCAGUGCUGUGUGGACCAUUCCAUCCCAGUUUGAUAGACAGAAGAGGAUUCAUCCAGCCAGAUACCGGGACCCCACCCAGUCCCAAGAGUGAAAUCCCUUCCUUUGGAGCCAAAACUGACACCAGCAUGGAGGAUGCCUGCCAGGACUUUGCCAUUUCCUGCACAGCCUGACGGGACUUGCCCCUCCUCGGACGUUUGCCCCGAUUUCUGAGGGCUGCCUGCCCGUGCCUCCCACGGGAGCCAAGCCCACAGCCAUGAGCACCUCGAGUGCCUCCCUCCCCGGGGAGGAAAAGCCUCCGCAGCCCCGCUCCGGGAGCCGAAGCCAUAGAGCCACC